CUCCGUUAUAAUUUCAUUUUUCUUUUUAUUUUUUUUCAUUUUUCUUCAUCUUUCUGUCCCUGCCCCUCCCCCUUUGUCUUCUCCCCAGAUCCACAUUUAUCUUCCCCAGAAAGUCAGAAACACCCAUAAACAAAUAAAAAAUGGAUGCUCACUAAAAAAAAAUAAGAUGAUCGGAAAACACAAAAGACACCACCGUCGCCACCAUGAGAACCUCCGAUUUGAGUCGAAUACUUGGAACCCAGAAGAAUCUGGCCUGAAUUUGGAGGAUUUUCGGCCCCUUCGAUUCUCGCCUUCCUCAUCUCCCUCUUCCUCCGCUCGUCUCCCAUCGGCGAUUCAGAACCCACCAAUCGUCUCCUACCGCCCGCUUCCAUUCAUCGUCGCGGUCCUCUUCUACCCACGCGAAGCGCUUCAAGGGGCCGUCGACGCGAAUUCCGAUUCGAAAUCGACGAUUUGUCUCCCUUCCCCUCGAUCAUUGAUUUCCAGAUCCAGGCCUUCGCCACGAAACAUUCAUCUCUUUCCAUAUUCGUCGACGUCGAAAGAUGGUUUGGUGAGGUCGACUUCGUUAGGUCGACGAGGUUGUCUUUGGGAAGGAUGACUCCGGCCCUAGAUUCUGGUCGAGGAUAUGUGGAAGAUAACGUUGGUGGCGAUGCAGUGGAUAAGAGGGGCAAUGGUUGGAAGAAAAAAAAAUGAUUAGGGUUUUUUUGGGCUCUGAUCGAAAAGGAAAGAAGGGGAGGGGAUAAGGUGGGGAUGGUUGCCGAAUGUUUUUUAUUUUUUCUUUUAUUAUUAAAUUUUAUAAAAGAAAUUUAAAAAUAAAUU